CACAAGUUCCAAAUCCAAUUUACAGCAAAAUUCUAAUAGAUGCAAGUGGUCAUCGUUGUUGUAUUAGAAAAUUUAAUCCAAAUUUAAAAGGUUAUUUAUUUGAUAAACUAUUGGCAUUUGCAUGUUUAUUUGAAUCAACACCAAAAACUUGUAAAGACAUUCCAACAAAGGACACUGAUAAUCAUACCUUAGUAGAAUCAUGUAGAUUUGGAUGGUGGCAAACAAGUUUACUGCCAAACUCACGCUGUAUUGUAGUUUUUUUCACUGACGAUGAUUUGAUAAAACAAUAUUAUGAGUACCAUCCAAUAGGAAACAGAAUUUGGUGUCUUGCAGCAAAUUCUGAAGCACUUUCUUCAUUUG